UGCUCGUGCAGUUCGCGUUUUCCCGUCCAUACGUGUGGAGGCGCAUGUUGGUUGGCCCUUUUCCAACGGAACAAGUAAAGUAAGACAAAAACAAAGUGUAUACUUUUUUAUGGUGUGACUUAAUGAGCUUUCACCACCUUUAACAUUUGCGUGAAAGUUGGUUGAGAUUUUGUUUUCCAUACGCAGAGCUGUUGGGCAUUCGGAGAAUGUGCACAAUCUUCAGAGACACUGCAAAUUGUGGAAGUGUGAUUUCAAGGCGUAAUGGCGUACCUUUUAUGAAAGUGUCUAGCGAAAAGGAAAAGCAGAAGAAUUUUGUGCGGUUUUGAGAAAAUUCGCAAGAAUGUUGAACGCUUGUCGGAUUGUCAGACGUGAAGUGUUUGCUUUCCGAAAAAAAACACUCGAUGGUGUCAUGGUGAGUGGAAUGGAGUAGGACGAUCCGGAAAAAAAUGGAUUGUUUGCUGAUUAAUGUCAAGUGAUGUACUUCAGCGUUGCUCCUAGCACUAUUCGAUGGAACAUCUAUAUAUGUACUCGGAUGAAAAAGUGGCUCUAUUACGAAUUCCACGUUUGUUCUCUAUCAUCAUGGGAAAAGUUUGUCCUUCCGAUGGCUCAUGCACGGUGGCUAUGCGGCGGAGCCCCGAGGGAACGCAGCUGAAAAUCAGUGAAGCAAAACGUUUCAAUUCAUAAUCUGGAGAGCGUGGAAAGUGAGCAGCAUUGAAUAAAAUGCGUAUGAAAUAUGGAAAACUGUUUAUCAUUUUUAUGAUUUGCUUUAAUUUGGUGGUGUUUUAUUAUUCGUGGAAAUACUUCCUGACGAGCACAACUUUUAUGACGGAUGCGUUCGGGAAAAGCUUUGACAAGGAGCUGAUCGAACAGAUCGGUGCAAUCAGAAGUGAAGAAGUAGUGCAUUCAGAGUCAAUUCAAGUAACAGUAGAACGGGAAAGGUUGCGAGCAACAAAGUUAACAAAGUUUAGUCGCAUUCGUGACCGCAUACAAAACACAAACAAAUACCUUCGUAAAAGUAUCACCAUAGUUUUUCGGGAUUUUUAUGACUUUGAUAAUGAUUUGAUGCAAUCGAUUGCCAGUGUAACCAAUCUGAUACCCAACAUACCCAUCUUUGUCAUCUCUCCGGAUAUGCCGUAUCCGCCGUUGGAUAUUUUCACCAGCCCGGGACAGUCCGGAAACCAGACCAACUGGUUCGAAAAGGAAAGCAACGUUAAAUUCUUCAGUCUCGGUUACGACAUUACCAAACCGCUAAAGGAUACUUUGCCGAUUUUGCAGAUCAAAACCAAAUACACUCUGUUUAUGCCGGAUGGAGUCCGUCUCAAUGGUCGUUCCCUGCUGUCCCGAUUACUACAGGAGAUAAGCACGCCCUCCACCGAUGACUUAUUGCUUCAGCAGCAUCAAAAUCUGCUGCUAAAGCAGAACAAUCAAAUAGUAGAACACAAAAUCGAUCUGAAUCAGAAACCAGAGCACAGGAUAGUAGUGGUCCCGUUCGCUUCUAACCAGAAAGCGGCAUCGAACUGCUGCAAUCUGCAGCUGGAUCUGCCCAACUGGACACUGGAAUAUGUAACCGGCAACGGAACCGAUAGCUGUGACAUGUACAAACAGAAGCACGCAAUUCUCAUCGAAUCAGCGCUGCUGAAAGAAAUGCCUGAUGCAUUAUCGUCCCCGUUUCCUGAGCUGUUCUACAUUCAGGCGAAACUAGCCAACAUAAAGAAAAUCCUCCUGAACGCGUCGUUCCAGGACGGAAGAAAGCUCUUCACGUCCUAUCAUACCAAAACUAAGAGGCGUAAUUUGCGCAAAGAGCAAUUCAAGAUGCUCUAUCGUAAACUACAAAUCAAAAAGGUAGUCCGCAAGAACUACCUGCACGACAAGUCGAAGAUCAGCAAACGAAAAUUAAUAAAAAGCUUCGAACAUAACAAUCAAACCAUUUCGCUGCUGACGGAAAUCACCUUCUAUGGGUGUGAAAAGCAAACCAAGAGCUGCAUCGGUCAGGUGUAUAAUUCACAGCCGUUUUAUCUGUAUCUCGGCCGGCACACUCCCCCAUGCUGUCUGGACAAGCUGAAGACCAUCUUCCGGCACGUGGUCGAUGAAUUCGAAAACGUCGGCAUUCGCUACUGGUUGGAUAACUAUGCACUCAAAAAUGCUAUCGAAUUGAAAACACUUUCACCGGAUGCCUACGAAAUAGACAUCAGCUUCAACAGCGAUGACAUACAGAGAUCCGUGGCGCUUCGCAAGGCCCAGUCCAAACCGUACACCGAUGGCGAAGGCUUCUACUGGCUGAAGGCAACCGACGGUCACUACUUCCGGGUGCAGUACUCAAAAGCUAACCAGAUUGCGGUUAAUUUACUACCAUUCGACCUAAGCGGCGAGGUGGUCCGACCGAAUGGAUUCUACGGCUGGAAGGCGAAGAAAUUUUCGGUGGAAUUUUUACACCCCAUGUCGACGGUAGUCUUCCUCAGCAAGCCCAUCAUGUGUCCCAACAACGUGGUGGAGUACUUGGAAACGAAGAACGUGAAAUAGAUGCCCGAGACUGUUACGAGGAUAGUGAUGGGAAACAUUCAGUUCCUGUGAUAGAUUGGUGCUGUACAUUCCAUGCUUCAGUGGAUUUUCGAGAUGAUAGCAAUCGAACGGAUUUGUGAACGAUUGUUAGUUAGCGCAAGACUGUUUUGGAUAAGUACAAUGUUUUAGCUGAUUUUAAUUGCUUCAAUCAAAAAUACUUCGUAUAUGCUAGCUGGCAAUAUUAGAAAUCAAAUAGAUGAUAGAUAGAUGAGAUGACAAUAGUUUCCCUACCAUUAACAUUAGUUAUUAGCUAGUUUUUGGAGGAAAAGUCAGAAAAUGCAGAAGAAUUGAAUACAGAGCUGUGCAAAUAUUAACUCCAACUUGAAAAAGAAAUAAGUUCAUGUUAACAGGUAAUAAGAAUUUAUUAGGCGUUUCAAAUAAAUAGUAAUAG